GACUAUCAUUUUAUUAUUAUUAACUCCACACGGUUUAUUGUGUGGGAAAAGCAAAAUCAAUGUCAACAAUAGGAAAAAAUGCCGCGAGAAUUGACACGUGAGCGACACAAUCUUUUAGUAAAAUCUUGACGUCAAGAAAAAAAAUAGGUUAAUUGGCAAACGCAAAAGAAGCUUUACAAAACAUGAGGACAUUUUAGCAGAGAAUCGAUCUAUGACCAUUUCGCAAAAGCUUCCGGUUAGUGAUUGCCGGAAGGUCCAGAGUCACCAAUAAUCGAAAGACUUCUGGGGUUGGUUUCAAUUUAAAAACAGAACCGAAGGAUAAAUUCGUAAAUUGAACCUCCGGAGUCUUGAAGCAAGUUGAGUUGAAUCGAUUCAAGUAGAAGAAGAGUUAGGGUAUUGAGGAAGGAAGACGAAGAAUAAGAAGCAGGAAGGAAAUUUGAGAAGGAAAUCUAUCCAAGGAGCAGCCCUCGUUUCCCAGGCUAAUGGUAGCCCUGAGAGGUGUGCCGUCACUUUGAAAAAUUCUGGGUUUUCCCUUUCUAAGUGUUCAACAGCAAGAGAGGGUGCUUUUUGACGCAACUCAGGAGUAGGAAAAAAAGAAAGAAGAAAACUCAUUUCUCUUCAGAUUCUUUUUUUUCUACACAUUCAGGUCUUACUUCUGAAAUAAUGUUCUCUGUCCCGCUUGUCCUCUUACGCCCUUCAUUCCCUCAGAGACUUCUCUGGAGACUUUGAAUCGAUAACGCAGCCUCCUCGUGGUAUACAACACACCGUAUUAUUUGUCGAGAUUAGCCAAGUGGACUAGCUGAAGAAACAAGUUGAUGAAUAAUAGUUACUUCUACUGGGUAAUAUAGGAAACAAGAAAAAAAUCCGGCUUUUUCGCAAAAGGCUGUCUAUUUGAGAGACAGUGGGAUGCAGGAAAUACAACGGAACAAAGGAAGAAAGGAAGAAGAAAAAGAAAAAAAGAAAGCAGAUAAAAAAAAAUAGGAAGGAAAGAAGAAAUCAUCUCUGCUACUGUGGUUAAUAAUUGGUAAGACGUAAAGAAGUUGUAAAGCAUCAAGAGCUUUUUUUUAUCCUGGUGAUAGUGGUAGUAGUCGAAAAGGCUUGAUAACGACUUAAAUAAUAACAGGAAAACAUCCAGAUAUUUUUAACAGCCAUAAAAAAAGAAUUUUUUUUUAAAAAACAUAUCUAGUACCCUUAUCUCUUUUGCUUCCUGUAAAGAAGAGCUACAUGUUUUUUCAUGUUAUACUAAAUUAGUUUUUGUUCCGCCGCAUGACAACAGACACGAGGGAGAGUCAGGGGAUGAAAUUGAUUGGAGUACACGUAGACCUAAUGACCUUUGGGGUCAAGGAAGAAAGUGUGAAACUUUAACCCGAUGAACUUUGACGAUUGCAUGAAACUUCAUCUAAAUUAGACUAAAUGGCCUUUUGUAGUUAGUGUUUAGAUGCUGAUUAAUUAAUAAUUAACGUGAGAAAGAUGGAUCAAUGGCUGUUGAUCUUCGUUCUCCAUCUCCUGGUGGUUUUUCAAGGGGAUCAAGUGACCUCUAAGCAGCCUACAGAAAGAGAAUCCAUCAUUAUACCUGGAGAUGUUAUUCUUGGAGGCCUUUUCCCUGUUCAUGAGAAGGGAGAAAUAACUUGUGGACCUAAAAUUUAUAAUCGAGGGGUGCAAAGACUUGAAGCUAUGCUAUUUGCUGUGGAUCAGAUUAAUAAGGAGAAAAAUAUCCUGCCAGGAAUUUCCCUUGGUGUUCAUAUUCUUGAUACAUGCUCAAGAGAUACCUAUGCCCUCAAUCAAAGUCUUCAUUUCGUUAGAGCUUCGCUUUCCAAUUUAGAUAUGAGUGUGCUAGAGUGUCUUGAUGGUACCCCACCCAGACUCAAGAAAUCUGUCAGUGCUGGACCUAUUUAUGGUGUUAUUGGAGGAUCUUAUAGCUCUGUUUCACUUCAGGUUGCCAAUCUGCUGAGACUCUUCCACAUCCCUCAGAUCUCACCAGCAUCAACUGCUAAGGCUCUCAGUGAUAAGACGAGGUUUGAUUAUUUUGCACGAACAGUACCACCAGAUACAUUUCAAUCCAGCGCUCUUGUUGACGUUGUCAAGAGUGCCAAUUGGUCAUACGUGUCUACUGUUUACUCAGAAGGCUCUUAUGGAGAAUAUGGAAUUGAGGUUUUUACACGUGAAGCAGUUGAACGGAAUGUUUGUAUCGCAGCAGCAGAGAAAGUAUCCAGCUCAGCUGAUGAUAAAGAUUUUGAUAGCAUCAUCCAGAAACUGUCUAAAAAACCGAAUGCUAGAGCAGUAGUUUUGUUCACUCGAGCUGAAGAUGCUAGGAGGAUUUUGCAAGCAGCAAGAAGAUCAAAUCUGAGUCAAGCCUUUCAAUGGAUAGCCAGUGAUGGUUGGGGAAGACAAAAUAAAUUGGUUGAAGGUAUUGAGGAUGAAGCAGAGGGUGCUAUUACAGUGGAACUACAGUCUGCAAGUAUUCCUGAGUUUGACGACUACAUGGAAUCUUUGACGCCUGAAACUAAUCGACGCAACCCCUGGUUUGGAGAAUACUGGGAGGAUGCUUUCAACUGCACUCUUAAGAAAAACGUUCCUCUAAUCACUAAUAGAACUAUAAACAUUUGUUCAUCAAAGCUUCGACUCACGCCUGCUAAUGGUUACGAGCAAGAAUCUAAAGUUCAAUUCGUCGUUGAUGCUGUAUACGCUUUUGCUCUAGCUCUUCACAAUCUUCAGAGGGAUCUCUGUAAGAGUGAAGUUCUUUGUCAGGCAAUGAUCGAUUACGACAAGGGUGUCUUUUAUAAGAACUACUUACUCAACGUGUCGUUCAUAGAUCUAGCAGGGAGUGAAGUAAAGUUUGAUGAGCGCGGUGAUGGUCUUGCGCGAUAUGAAAUCCUCAAUUUCCGUAAAACUGAUCCGAAUGUAAGCAACGGCUACAGUUAUAAAGUUGUUGGCAAGUGGUUCAAUGGUUUGGACAUCAAUACAGAUGAACUAGUUUGGGCGAAAGGAUCAGAUACGAUUCCGAUAUCAGCCUGUUCGUUACCCUGCGAGCCAGGGAUGAUCAGAAAGCAACAAGGCGACACCUGUUGCUGGGUUUGUGAUCGUUGUGAAGAGUAUGAAUACGUUUAUGAUGAUCAAACAUGCAAGGAUUGUGGUCCAGGAUAUUGGCCACAUCCAGACAAGCGUGGAUGUUAUGCAUUACCAGUCUAUCAUAUAGAAUGGGACAGUGCAUUUGCUAUUGCACCAGCUGUUAUUUCUUGCUUGGGAAUUAUUGCAACACUUGCUGUAGCUGGUCUUAUGUUUGCUCAUCGAGAUACUCCAGUUGUAAGAGCGUCGGGAAGAGAACUUACUAUAAUUUUAUUAGCUGGAGUGCUUGUUUGUUAUCUCAAUACAUUUCUCCUGCUCGCAACACCUACGACUAUAACAUGUGUUCUUCAAAGGUUUGGAGUUGGAGUGAGUUUCAGUGCGGUAUAUGGAGCUCUUCUGACAAAAACUAACAGAAUUGCCAGGAUUUUCGAUUCAGCCUCAAGAUCAGCAGUUCGACCAAGAUACAUUAGUCCAACGUCUCAAGUGUGCAUAGCAUCAGCUUUAAUUGCCUGUCAAGUAGUUCUAACCCUUAUAUGGAUGAUUGUUGAGCCGCCAGGAACGCGUCAUUAUUAUCCGGACCGGCGUCAUGUUAUACUAAAGUGUAACAUCCAAGACAUGAGUUUCCUUUUCUCUCAAUUAUACAACGCUACUUUAAUAGUUGUUUCGACAGUUUACGCAGUGAAAACACGCAAAAUUCCAGAAAAUUUUAAUGAGAGUAAAUUUAUUGGUUUCACCAUGUAUACCACCUGUAUCAUUUGGCUAGCAUUUGUGCCAAUUUACUUCGGUACUGGCAAUGCUCAUGAGAUUCAAAUCACAACCCUCUGUGUGGCUAUCAGUUUAAGCGCAUCAGUAACUUUAGUGUGUCUCUAUUCGCCUAAAGUUUAUAUCAUUGUCUUCCAUCCUGAUAAAAACAUCCGAGGGAAAGUGACGAUGGGUAGUAGUACUUUUAAGAAACAGGGAAGCAGUGCAGGAACUUCUGUUGCUAAAUACCCUGGAUAUGAAAUGAGCAGCGAACAUAUACCACUGCGAAGUGUUCUGUCAGCUGUCGUUCACACGUCUGUCGGUGUCACGGAAAUUUCGCUAACGUCAAAUACGUCGAAUCAGACAAAUACUGAACAAGUCGCUCAGUUAUAGACAAAAGACUUGGAUUAUGUAAAAAGAAAAAAUGAUUUAAAAAGAUUAGUGAACAUUUAUAAAAGAUAACUCAAGUGCUAGUGAAUUUAUCUCUAACAAAACUCUACAAGGUUUCAAAAACUUCAAAUGGAGUUAAAAACGGUCUUGAUUGUUUCAAGACUUUAAAGAUAUUAAUAAAAAGUAUUUUAAACUUUAAAAUGCAUUGAGAAAAAAACUGUUCGAUCUAAGGAGUAUGUUCCUAAACAUAUUUAAGUAUUAAAUGGCAAUUGAAUUCAUCAAGAACUGUUAUUAUUUCUGUUUUAAAAUUUUUAAUAAUUAAAAUAAUUAAAUAUUUUAAAUACAUGUUGGACAAUUUCGUUAUACAAAUUAUUUUUCAAGUGCUAAUAGAUAUGCUGCUAAUUCAAAUUUUCAAGACUUUUGUUAAUUCAAACAACUCUAUGGAAUUUCUGGUAUUUCUUAGUUCUUAAAAUAAAGGUGUGAAACGAUAGAAUGAAUGAUCUUUAUGGAGGCUUUAAAAUUCUAAGCAUUAUUCAAGAAAUUUAUAACAAAAAAAAUUUUAACUAAAAUGUUUAUAAAUACGGAAUGAAAAAUUUCAUCAAAUAGUAAUUAAUAAACAUGUAGAAUUUUAUAUUUAUAUUUUGUUAUAAAUUAUUUAUUCUACAUUUAAAUACAGUUAUAAAAAUUAUUGUUGUGGUUUAUCAUUGUUCAUUAGGUAUUUUAGAACAGUUAAUAAUUUAUGGAGGAAAUUAAAAUGCAGAUUGAAAAUAUUAUAAACUCAAAAACGUAUCGUAUAAGCCGAUUACUUGGGGCCUAUUCAACAUAGUCAAUACCAAAGUUCAAUAAAUUUAUGAAUUUUAAUUGAAAAAAAAAAAUUAAUAAUAAGUUAUUGUUGUAAAAAUUAUAGUUAUAUAUUAACA